AUGGUAAUGAAAUAUACAGCGGAGAUUGCUAGAGUGCAAGAAAAUGUGAAAGGGUUGGAAAUUCAAUGGAAAGGUACUGAGGACACAAUUAAGAAGAUAGGUGAUCACAUGACAAUCCUCAGGGAGAAGCAAGAAGAGUCGGAGCGGUACAGUAGAAGAUGGAAUCUCCGUCUCCUGAAUCUUUCUGAAAGCAGCAACGAGGAUGUGAGGAAGGAGGUACUGGAAAUUAUUGCGGAAAUUAUUCCAGAGGAAAAGUCCAAGCUUGGAUUUAUGGUGGACACUGUGCAUAGGAUCGGACACCCGAGAGAGGAUAAAAGCACUCGCCCAGUCAUCAUCCAGCUUACCAUGAGAUCCUUUAGAUUCAAACUAUGGAGAGCUUCCCUCAACGCGGAUGUCAUGAAGAGAAAGAACCUCCGGAUGACUGAAGAUUUAACCCAACUAGAGAGACAAUGUAGAAAUAAACUGUGGCCUCUUGUGAUGACGGAAAGAAGACAAAAUGGCAGGGUUCUGUUGUCAUCAUUAACGGUGAUUAAAGAGAGGAAGAGCAAUGGCAGAAUCUUCAUCAACAUCACCAAAACAAAAACCAACCAGGAGAAACAGUUCAGAAGAUUCACGUCCAUUAGUGCACUAAAUGAGGAGCUUCAGUGUUCAAUCUGUCUGGAUGUGUUCACUGAUCCAGUCACAACUCCAUGUGGACACAACUUCUGCAAGACCUGCCUGAAUGAAUGCUGGAAAAACACACAGAACUGCAGCUGUCCAUUCUGUAAAGAAACAUUCAGCAAAAGACCUGAUCUGAAGAUUAAUACAACACUCAGAGAGGUCGUGCAACACUUUGAGAAGAAGUUUAAUCUGGGUAAAUCUGAAGUUCUCUGUGACUUCUGUGAUGAAAGAAAGCAGAAAGCCGUGAAGUCUUGUCUGACGUGUCAAAGCUCUUACUGUGAAACUCACCUGGAGCCUCAUCGGAGAGUUCUGGGUCUAAAGAAACACAAACUGAUGGACGCUGUGGAGAAUCUGGAGGAUUAUAUAUGCCAGAAACACGAGAGACCUCUGGAGCUGUUCUGCAGAGAUGAUCAGACGUGUGUGUGUUUGUUCUGCACUGAAGGAGACCACAAGACUCACAACACUGUUCCUAUAGAGGACGAGAGUGCAGAGAAGAAGAAUCAGCUGGUAAAGACACAGACAGACGUGCAGCAGAUGAUCCAGAACAGAAUGAAGAAGAUUCAAGACAUCCAACACUCUGUAGAGAUGAGAAAGAGAAACACAGAAGAAGAGAAAUCACACAGUGUUGAGGUGUUCACGACUCUGAUCCGCUCCAUUGAGAGAUGUCAGACUGAAGUUGUUGAGAUGUUGGAGGAGAAGCAGAAAGCAGCAGAGAAACAGGCUGAAGAUCUCAUUAAAGAGCUGGAGCAGGAGAUCACUGAGCUAAAGAGGAGAAACUCUGAGCUGGAGCAGAUCUCACACACUGAAGAUCAUCUUCAUCUCCUACAGAUUGACCCGUCCCUGUACAGCCCUAAAAACAGUAAGAACUGGACUGAGAUCAGUAUUGACACUCAUGUGAGUGUGGACACUCUGAAUACAGCUCUGACUCGACUCAAAGACACUCUACAUGACACUGUAGAUCAAAAACUCGGUCAAACUGUAUUGAGGAGGAUGCAGCAGUAUGCAG